AUGAACUUUGCAGUAGCUGGGAUUCCUGUGCCCAAAGAAGCGUUGCAGCAGCCAUUUAAUCUGCCGGGUUUCAAGCUGCUGACUGUUCUGCACGAGCACUAUAAUGUAAACGCCGAGCUCGAAAAUAUCACAGUGUAUCAUGGCGCGAUGAUCUGCCUUGCGGAGACGGAGCUUCACCCCACAUCGGUAGAGGUCAUUGGCCCAUACGGCAUCGAGGAGCACAAGGCUUCGUGCAAGAGGAUGAAGCACUUGGAUGCGUUUAUGCCAGCAGACACCAAAGAUAGAUUGGCCAGCGCGUUCGAGACGUACACGGGUCGCAAGCCAGAUGCUGUGCCUGGGUUCUGGGUUGUGUGCGCCACAUUUGAGUAUCUUGUGGAACUGUGCACAGUUUGGUCUUUGGGGACAUAUGAUAGCAUUGUUGAUGGAGACAACUGUCACAACGUCUGCUUCACUGUGGAGGAGGACGCUGACGGUAGCUCUGACAGCAGCUCUGACAGCAAGGAUGAGUGA